AUGUCGAACUGCGUGCCAAAACUGACCACAGUGUUGCUGAGCCACAGGCCCAUAGCUCUGUUUAUCCUCACUGUUUCAUUUCUGUUCUUUGCCUCUGUCAUGUUCCACUGGACAACUGGAGAGGAUGCUGCAAGCCAGGUCUACACCUUGCCUACACAAAGCAUUUGUGAACAGUUUUUUGCUUCCCCUCCCCACACCAUUGCUGGUGGGCCCCCUCCUUCCCCAGGGGAUGUGUUUUUUGUGGAGACCUCUGAGCGAAUUAACCCAAGUUACCUGUUCACGUGCUCUGUGGAGUCAGCGGCCCGGGCACACCCUGGAACACGGGUUGUGGUGCUCAUGAAAGGCCUGGCAAAGAGGAAUGUCUCAUUGCCCAGCCACUGGGCAUUCUCAUUGCUGAGCUGCUUCCCCAACGUGGAGAUCCGGCCCCUGGACAUGGAAGAGCUUUUCUCAGGAACACCUCUGGCAAAGUGGUACUUGCAGGCACAGCCUGAGCACCAGAAGGGACGUUAUUACUUAGCCCACCUCUCUGACGCCUGCAGAAUUGCCAUCAUGUGGAAAUUUGGUGGCAUCUACCUGGACACAGACUUCAUUGUGCUGAAGAACUUGAAGAACCUCACCAAUGCCCUUGGUAUAGAGGCCCAGAAUGUACUGAAUGGGGCCUUUCUGUCCUUCAAACCCAAGCAUGAGUUCAUAGAACUUUGCAUGCAGGACUUUGUUGGUAACUACAAAAGCUGGAUCUGGGGACACCAGGGCCCGCAGCUCCUAACACGUGUCUUCAAGAAGUGGUGCUCUAUCAGUAAUAUCCAAAGUGGUAUGAUCUGCAAAGGAGUUGGUGCUCUGAGCCGUGAGGCUUUUUAUCCUAUUCCAUGGCAGAACUGGAAGAAAUUGUUUGAAGCAAUCGGCUCCUCGGAGCUUCACAAUCUCCUUAAGAACACCUAUGCGGUGCACAUAUGGAACAAACUGAGCCACGAUGCAAGGCUAGAGAUCACGUCCCAGGCUUUGCUGGCUCAGCUGUAUUCUCAGUUCUGCCCUGCCACAUCUGCACAGAUGAAAAAGGACUCUGAAGAGCAGUCGAAGCCUGUAAUGUGA